GACGGGGGAGCCCAGCGCCCGAUGGUCCCGUCCGGCGGGAAGGGAGCGUUCUGCGGGGCGGACGGAUCCCGGGGUCCCAGGUGGGGCGGGGCGGGGAGCGCCAUGGCCGAGCAGCCCCUUCUCCCGCCGGCUUUGUACCUGAGCAACCUGCGGAAGGCGGUGAAGAUCCGAGAGCGCACCCCCGGAGACCUGGCCCGGCCGGCCAAUGGAAUAAUCCAUCACUUGAAGACCAUGCACCGCUACAGCCUGGAGAUGUUCAGGACCUGCCAGUUCGGCCUCCCCUUUCGGGAGGUCAUCCACGGGGCCCUCCUCGACCGGACGCUCCAGGCCUCCCUGGAAGACCAGAAGAAAUUAAACUGGUGCCGGGAGGUCCGCAGGCUGGUGGCCCUGAAGACCAACGGGGAUGGAAACUGCCUCAUGCAUGCUGCAUCUCAGUACAUGUGGGGUGUUCAGGACACAGACCUGGUCCUGAGAAAAACACUGUUCGGCGCGCUCAAGGAGACGGAUACACGCAACUUUAAAUUCCGCUGGCAGAACGAGUCCAUUAAAUCCCAGGAGUUUGUGGAGACGGGACUUCGAUAUGACACAAGGAAUUGGGAUGAAGAAUGGGAAAACCUUGUCAAAAUGGCAUCGGCAGACACGUCAGUAUCCCGAAGUGCUCUUCAGUAUAAUUCACUUGAAGAGAUACAUAUUUUUGUUCUGGCUAAUAUCCUCAGGAGGCCAAUAAUAAUUAUUUCAGAUAAAAUGCUGAGAAGCUUAGAAUCUGGUUCAAGCUUUUCUCCUUUGAAAGUUGGUGGAAUCUACUUACCACUCCACUGGCCUGCCCAUGAAUGCUACAGAUACCCCAUCGUUCUUGGUUACGAUAGCCAGCACUUUGUACCCUUGGUCACUCUGAAAGACAGCGGACCCGAAAUCCGGGCUGUUCCACUGGUUAAUAGAGAACGAGGAAGAUUUGAGGACUUGAAGGUUCAUUUUUUGACUGAGCCAGAAACCGAGGUGAAGGAGAAACUUCUGAAAGAAUACUUGAUGGUGAUAGAAAUACCAGUACAAGGCUGGGACCAUGGCACCACUCAUCUGAUUAAUGCUGCAAAAUUGGACGAAGCCAACCUGCCCAAAGAGAUCAACCUUGUGGAUGAUUACUUUGAGCUCGUCCAGCACGAGUACAAAAAGUGGCAAGAAAACUCUGAGCAGGCCAGUAGAGAAGCGCCUGGCAGAAACAGACUGAAACUGUCCUUGUCCCAGCUCUCCCUCAUGGAUGUAAAAUGUGAAACUCCCAACUGUCCAUUCUUCAUGUCGGUGAACACCCAGCCCUUGUGUCACGAGUGCUUUGAGGGGCAGCAUCAGCAGGCGGAAAAUAAGUCAAGGAAGCCGAACUCUAAAGCAGGAGCCGAGAAACUCCGGGGGACGGGAUUAGCUGCCUCCCGGACCGAGGCUUUUGAGUCCCUAGGCUGGGCCCCUGAAGAGUCAGUCACAGGCCCUCAUUCUGCACCCCCAACUGCACCCAGCCUCUUGCUCUACAGCGAAACGACUGCUAUGAAGUGCAAAAGUCCGGGCUGCCCAUUUACGCUAAACGUGCAGCACAACGGACUUUGCGAACGCUGCCACAACGCCCGUCAGUACCACCCUGGCAGCAACAUCGGCAAUAGGAGGCAUUUGGAUACUGGAAAAUGUCAACUCUGUCACCAGGAUGCCUCCCGGACUUUUAAUGGAAUUUGCAGCACUUGCUUCAAAAGGACUAAAGAACAUUCCUCAGUGAAUAGCUCAAGUUUCCCGCCUUCCUGUCAUCAGAGAUCCAGAUCGGAUCCUUCGCAGCUAAUGCAGAGUUUCCUUCAACAUUCCUGCCACAGAACUAGCAACGAAGCACCUUCUGGAAGCCCUUCUCAGGCGGCAUGGAAUCCGGAGGAUCGGAAAGGGACGAGCAAGUGCAGAAAAGCAGGCUGUCUGUAUUUUGGGACCCCUGAGAACAAAGGCUUUUGUACUCUUUGUUUUAUUGAGUUCAGAGAGAACAGUGGUAAUCCCCCUGCCUGUGGUCAGUCUGAGGCGUCAGCUGCCCAGUUUCAGAACGCCGUACCAUGCCUGGGCAGAGAAUGUGGCACCCUUGGGAGCACUGUGUUUGAAGGCUACUGUCAGAAGUGUUUCAUUGAAGCGCAGAGUCAGAGAUUGCGUGAAGCAAAAAGAACGGAAGAACAACUGGUGAGACAGUCUAAGAGAUCAAGCCAGCACAGAGAUUUGCAACAAUCAAACCUUGGCUCCCAGAGACAGAAAUGCACCCAGGCUUCCUGUAAGAACAAUCUGGCCAGCAGAGGCGAUGAGCUCUGUCCAGAGUGUCAGCGCCUCAGCCAACGAGUUGGGACUGGAAGCCACAAUAGAGGUGAGCUCUCUUCAGAAGAAGCCCCCAAACAACGCUGCCGAGCCACCGCCUGCGAUCACUAUGGCAACACCAAGUGCAAUGGCUAUUGCAACGAGUGCUAUCAGUUCAAGCAGAUGUAUGGCUAAAGGAAGACGUCUGGACCGGCUGUGCGGAAAGAGCCUACCAUUAUUCAGUCAAGAUGGUGCUAUACUAGAAAUACUUGCUCUUUCUCUAGAGGGUGAAUCCUUGGAACAGAGGUGCCCUUGCUUCAGCCAGUCACAGUUAAACCUGAGGACUCCUGGGUCCGGUGGACUCCUCUGAAAAUAUUGGUACCCAGCUUCAGAGUACUUGUGUCUGGAGUGGUUGACUUCCUACGUGACCUCUUCUUCUGGGAUUUCACCGUGUUCCACGGGGAAACAGAGGGGUUUUGACUGCUAAGGCUCUCUGGGCCACGUGCUUUCCCCAUGGGAGGAAUGCUUAGGGUCUAGCUUAGGAGAGGUAUGGAGCCCUUUGAAGUGUCCCAGAUCCACAUUUCUCAGCGAUGUGAAGCUAGAUUCUCUUGGAGAGAAGGCACUCCAGGGGAUUGCUCAGACAAGCUCAGGGAAAAUGGGAUCAUGAAGAGGAUGUGUGAGGUAACCUUUCUUCUUACCUGUUUAGUAGUUGUCUUCAAAUAGGACAAGGCCAAAACCAGACUGUUCAUGGGACAAUGGACUCUUGAGUGAACCAAAGCCAGAAUUGAGGAGAAUAUGUCAAGCUGCUCUUUCCAAAAUGUACCUUCUCAAAUCUAGUAAUGUUGUGGGGGACUCAAUGUUUUCACCAUCCUCUGUUCGAAGUGGUAAGCAAGGAGUGAGAUCUGAAUGACAGUUCUAACCAUAUAUAAUAUGUAUGAGGUGGGCUUUUUUGUUUAAUGGGAGAAAAUACUGCCCUUGAUGUGUAAGUAGGGGGACUAUAUGCACAGUUACCAAGAAUUUGAUUCCCUUUUAUGAGAGGCAUCUCUUCUCUUACCCCCUUUCUCCCCUCCCUUCAUUCCUGAUGUCUCAACCAAGCCCAAAUGACAAUUCCCUGGUUCAAAUAUUUUAGACGACACUUUUUUUUUUCCUCAACCUUCCUAUUUAAGCGAAGAUAUUUUCUCAUGUUACAAAACACCCAAGUAAUAUUUUGGAGCUGACGUUAACUUGUGGAAAAUCUAGUAUUCCUGGCCCCUGUGAGUAUCUGCUUUUUUUUAAAGAUACUUUAUUUUCCUUUCUCCUAGGGGAAUAGGAAAACAAUAUAAAAUCUCUCACUAAAACAAUUUUGGCUUAUAGUUUUUGGUGUGAGGUGAAAAAUGCAGUCAAGGCUAUUUCCUCAGCUGAUUUAGCUGCUCUCCACUUCUCCCAGUUUGGGGAUUAUGGUUGCAGGAAAGGUGUGGUGUUUUAAUGUCAAUGUUGUUGCUGUUGUGUAUUGCUGCUUCCAAGAGGUACCAGGUUCAGUCUGCACAUACAGGGACAGUGAUGGGUGAGCAGAAGAGUGAUGGAACUGCAUGUCUCAGUUCCCUCCCUGGGUAGCUUCUCUCCCAGUCCCUGCUCCUGCUAAUCCAGAGAAGUAGCAAGUAAUCAUCCCCCUUGAAUUAAAGCCCCCAAUUUUUUGUCUGAAUUUCAUCUUAAAAGUCCAGGUUCAUGCCAUAGCUGCCUCAGUCCUUGCCUAAACAGAUACGGUAAUACCUGCUCGAAUUCCUCUUCAACAUUGGAUCUCCUCACGUCUCAUUUGGUUCCCCUUGCAGUUUCUUUUAACAGAACAAAAAUCCAGGAAUGUUUAAGACUGGAUUUUAUCAUUUGAAUUUUUCAUUUUAAAUGUGAAAAAUGUUUGAGUAUUUAUAUAUAAAAUAUUUCAAAGCUAUUUGAAAUUUGCACAUUUAGUUUUUUAUAGCAUGCUAAUUUACUCUGGUAUGAAUUUCAUAAACUUUUACUAAGUAAAUGUAAGUUUUAAAAAUAUUAAAUAAAUUAUUUAAGAAGUC